AAGUGUUUGGUACGAUCGUUCUCACACGAAACCAAAAGUCUCUUUUAAUUACAAAUUACCUCUUUUACGGCAGGAAGCUUUUACUCGGACCUUACGGAAAGGAAAAAAAAGUUCGCUCACGGGUUUUUGAAACAAUCGAUCGCGGCCAAAGGAAAUUAGAAACCGCUGGUAAAAGAGACAUAUUCAAUUCCCUAGAAAACGAAUGGAGAGAGAGAGAGGUAACCCGAUCAAUAAGGAUUAGCCGUAGCACCCUCCGGAAUUCUACAGGAACUGGAUUCCUUUUUGUUACCCUGUUAUACACCAUCCGGAAGGACUUAGGCGACGCCGGGACAGAAACCGCCCCCCUCCCCCCUCAAAAGAAAAUGAGACAGGAAAUUUGUUCGGGGGGAAAAUAAUAUGUGUUUGUGAUCGGUCUGGAGUCGGUCGAGACCACCAUGGUGCAGGAGACCGACGACAUGGCGGCUCACCACCACUACACCACAGAGGUGAUGAAGCCUGUGGGUGUGGAGGUGUGUGAGGGCUGUGGACGCAGCAUACAGGACAGAUUCAUCAUGAGGGUGAUCGACACGUCGUGGCACGAGGACUGCCUCGUCUGCUGCGUCUGCAGAGUCCAGCUCCAACACUCGUGCUUCGCCAGGGACAACAAGAUAUACUGCAAGUUGGAUUAUGACAGGUUGUUUUCGGUGAAAUGCGCGGGCUGCGGGGACAGGCUCUUGCCCCACGAGCUCGUGAUGCGCGCGCAGUCCCUCGUGUUCCACCUGCACUGCUUCGCCUGCGUCGUCUGCUGCCAGGUCCUCCAGAAGGGGGACCAGUACGUCCUCAGAGGGCACCAACUCUUCUGCAGGGCGGACUAUGAGAAGGAGAUGUUCCUUCUGCAGCAGCACGGGCCGCAGAGUGAGUGGCUGAGCCCUUUGGGGGACGACUUCAUCGUCGACGACGGCUCGAGACCCCGGGACGGCAGACGAGGCCCCAAGAGACCCAGGACCAUCCUGACGUCGGCGCAACGGAAGCAGUUCAUGGCCUCCUUCAGCGUCUCUCCGAAACCCUGCAGGAAGGUCCGGGAGCAGUUGGCCAAGGAGACGGGCCUGAGCGUGCGGGUGGUCCAAGUGUGGUUCCAGAACCAGCGCGCCAAAAUGAAGAAGCUGCAGAGACGAGCCAAGCAGAACGAACAGAACAAUAACGAUAAGGACGACAAGGACGAGAAGGGAGAAGGAGGCAAGAAGGAGGGAAGCGGCGAAGGUCAGUACGGCGGGCUGACGCCCAUCGACUCCUUGGACUCCCCCUACGCCACGACGCCCAAGAGCUCGGCGGUGCCCUACUCUCCCGAAGGAGAGAGCUUCCCGGCGCACAGCGGCGACUCCUUCUGCGGGUCGGACAUCAGCUUCGAGGAAGGGCGUAUGGACCAGUUUGACGACCAGGGCGAAGUGUCCAGCGGACCCGCCAGCGGAGCCCCCCAGCCUCCGCAAGGUCCUCCCGACGUGCCCACAAUGGUGGGCGUGGCCGGCUCCAUGUACCCGCAGAUCAACCCCAUUGACAAGCUCUACCUCAUGCAGAACUCCUACUUCGAUCACUGACGCCAGCCUCUGCCUCGUCCUCCGGAGGCUCUCAAACUGGGCGAGGUCCUCGCCAGUUUCAAGGAGCGGGAGGUACGGGGCGUGAAGACGGAGGCCUGCGACAGGAGCGUCGUUCCGGGAGUGGCCGCUGCUCACAUGCCCACCUGGGACUUCCCCUUCUGAAGGAGGCGCUGCAGGAGGAGCAGGAGCAGGAGCAGGAGGAGGAGGAGCAGGAGGAAGGAGAAAGUGGAUGAAGAGUCUAUUAUGUUAUCACGAAGAUGACCGGAAAACCGAUUUCGGGAACUGCUCACUGACAGAAACUGACGAGCGAAUAUGUGAUCCGUUGAUGAGAACAUCAACCUCUUUUGUUUUUUGGUGU